CGGGGAUCCGAUCAAUUUAUAGAUAGAAUCUAAAAUGUCUAUCCAAGGACAGAUCGCUUUGGCGCUCAUGGUCUACAUGGCUGUGGGCUCAGUGGAUGCGUCUCAAGAAGUCAUGAAGAACUUAUCCUUAAAUUUCGGUAAAGCAUUGGACGAAUGCAAAAAAGAGAUGACGCUAACAGAUGCGAUCAAUGAAGACUUCUACAAUUUCUGGAAAGAGGGAUAUGAAAUUAAAAACCGGGAGACUGGAUGCGCUAUAAUGUGCCUUUCCACCAAGCUAAACAUGCUCGACCCUGAAGGAAACCUUCAUCACGGAAACGCUAUGGAGUUUGCCAAGAAACAUGGAGCCGAUGAGACGAUGGCCCAACAACUGAUCGACAUAGUGCAUGGCUGCGAAAAGUCCACUCCAGCUAACGAUGACAAGUGUAUCUGGACCCUCGGUGUCGCGACCUGCUUCAAAGCUGAAAUCCACAAAUUGAACUGGGCUCCGAGCAUGGACGUAGCAGUGGGAGAAAUUUUAGCUGAAGUUUGAGAAUCUACCUUCAAAUACAAUUAAAGAAAUGUAUUGAUGUUAUAAUUUAUUGUUUAAGUUUAUUUUUCAUUAAAGUUUUGUUGCAAGCAGGAUCAUGAUUCUAAUA